GAUAGCCGUACGUUAAAAUUGUCAUAGCGGCAACGCUGCAUUGACUCUCAUCGCGAUUCCGCCAUCUUGGGUGCGGGCAAAUCUAACCUCAAUAAUCGUAAGGUACAGGGGCAACGACAACAUCGUCGUAACGUUAAAAUAAGCGAUCAUUUUCAUAUUUCAGCCUACAUGAAUCUUUCAUCGUGAAAACUAGCGAAAGCGUCAGGAUGGCUCUCACCAUCGAACAAAUCAUUCUGGACGCUGGUAAGCUGGUGAAUGAGAUAUCGACGCAGGAGAGCACUGCCGACGGCUUAAUAUGUAAGAUACAAUCCGUCUGCAAUCAAAUAGACAGUAUGAAGCAGUAUCAAGAGGAGUUGAAGAACCUGAAUGCUCAAACCAAUCAGAAGCCUAAAAGUGAGAUUAUCGAGCAUUUUCAAAAAAUAGACGAUGGAUAUUUUAAAGAAUUGCGAGCCGAAAAUAAAGAUUUACGGCUUGCGCUGGAAGACUAUCAGAAAGCGCUGGAAUUAAUAAUGUCCAAAUACAGGAAGCAUACCGCUUACUUUCUCAAACAGUCCAAAUCAAAUCCAUCGGCCACAACGAAUACAAAUUGCUGUUUGCAAUAUAAUCAUUGUAAAUGUAUUAAUACCAUAAAUACCCAAGCUAAGAAGAUCGAUGAAAUGGCAACGAUAAUGAGAACAGCCACCCAACUCAACAAAGAUAACGAACUGAGAUGUCUGGAAACUCUGGUUCGAUUAAAGGAAGAAAAUACGGGAUUACGGGAAAUACUAGACAUGACCAAGAAAUAUGGCUACUUAAAAAAGGAUACUAUUGUAGAAAGUAAAACCGUUCAGACAGACGACUUGUAAAGUAUACGCCAGAGUGUCUAUAAAUAUUUUGAAAUUUUCAUACUUAUUAAUGAUCAUUAGUUAUCAAUAACAAAU